AUGAGUACAGGAUGUGUGAGAAACAAAUUUGGAAGCGUGUUUUGCGUUUGCAAGUAUGUACUUUGUUCUUGUCUUUUGAUUUUUGAUUCUUGACAAAACAUUGUUUUCAGUAGUUCCUCUUACUGUAACGAAAUGACCGAGGAGCUAGACUAUACGGAAAUGACAUAUCUGACUUGCACCGAACAAAGCAGUUUGUUAGAACCUUCCAACUGUUCCGCUACUUUUUGCCUAAAUGAAUACAACGAUUAUGGAAAAGCUGUAAAAUCCUGUGUUGAUGAUUCAAUGGAUUUAGGAACUUAUGAAUACGGGUCAGACAUAGAAAAUAAAUAAACUUACAUGUCCUUUUUCGAUGCAGAUUCACGAUGUCAAACUUGUUUCUCCCAUUAAAUUCGUGUUACACAAUCGAAAACAGCAAAGUGGAAUACACAAUCCAAAUUUGCGCAUUUAAGACCGUGAUCAGCUGCGUUUUCAGUGUUAACGUAAUCAAACCUUUUGCAGAAUAAGGUAACGUCGAUUAAAAACGUGGCCGGGAAAAUAAAGUGUUACCUGAAAGAAGCAGAACAAGACCGUUUGAAAGUGGGCAAAAUCUGCCGAGAAUGAAACAAAUGGACUGAUUUAGAAUUCAACAUGUGUUGGCCAGUUGUGUUUCUCCGCUGAUCGAAAUUUUGGAUGCAUAUCCCAAUCUAACCGAGAAGGAGCCGUUCUAAAGGUGAAUUUAUGUAGCUUUCUCCCUCAGACUUGUCGGAAAUCGGAAUUUUUUUAAAGUUUUAGUACACCCAGUCCGGCCCGUGACAGGUCUGUAUCAAAGUUUAUUGCAAGCAGUCUGAUAACUUCUUUACUCAAAUACCACACGUAAUCUCCAUUUUCAGACCGGAUUAUACCAUCUUACACCGUUCAUCGCACCCUUCCACAUUUGUGAUAGCAACUUUUGCAACAAUGAAACGGUAGGUCACGGCAAGUUUCCGUCUUUUCAGCUCAAAGAACAAGUUCAGAUGAUUGACGAGGACCGAUAUGCGUAUCCGACAACCUACCAAUGGGCUUCCGCUGCGUCACGCAAAUGCUGGAGCCUUUACGUGCUCUCGGCCGUCUGGACUCUUCGGAGGAGUACAUGA